UCUGCGCGCGUGCGUGCAUGCGGCAGCGGCUGCCUCCUCGGGGUCGGGGCGUCGGCUGGGCCGGAGCGUGUCGCGCGCGCGGCCCGUGAAUAAGAAGCAGGCGGUUUGUCCCUGCGGUUCUCGGCGCGAGAGGGCGUGAGGCGAGGGGCAAUGGCGGCUGACACCAUCGCGGACACCCGUCGCCUGAUCACGAAGCCGCAGAACCUCAACGACGCCUACGGCCCCCCCAGCAACUUCCUCGAGAUCGACGUCUCCAACCCUCAGACCGUCGGGGUCGGGAGGGGCCGCUUCACCACCUACGAGGUCAGGGUCAAGACAAACCUUCCCAUCUUCAAAUUGAAGGAGUCUUGUGUCAGGAGGAGAUACAGUGAUUUUGAAUGGCUUCGGAGUGAACUCGAAAGGGAGAGUAAGGUCGUGGUACCGCCCUUGCCUGGAAAGGCUUUUCUCCGCCAAUUGCCUUUUAGAGGAGAUGAUGGGAUAUUCGAUGAUUCCUUUAUUGAAGAAAGGAAACAAGGGCUUGAACAAUUCAUAAACAAAGUUGCGGGCCACCCUCUGGCACAGAAUGAACGCUGUCUUCAUAUGUUCUUACAAGAUGAAGUAAUAGACAAAAGCUACACACCUUCCAAAAUAAGACACGCUUGAAUGCCGCACAACACUUUAACUGGCUUAAAUGUUAGUGAUUAAUUUACUUGGUCUAAGAUAUGUAGUUUAAGGUUUUAGCAUGCUGCAGACAAACUGGCACAAGAAGCCUUCGGUAUACUAAAGGCACUGCUUGGUCUUUGCAUUCCUUUUAUGACAUUAAAGAACUGUAGGUAAAUCUGCUGUCCGACUUCUGAUUCAAUGGCUUUUAAGACUCUAAAUAUUUUGAAACUCUUCCCCGCCCCCCUUUGCAAUGACCUUGUGGUGGUUACUGACUUGGCCUUACUUGAACUUGCACUGUUCUGGUGUUGCACGUUCACUUUUCUUUGAUUUAAAACACUAGAAUGUCUCUGUAAAAUAACUAGUAUUAAAUCUGCAGUUUGGUGACUAACAUGGUGCAUUGUUUUCAAUACCCCUUGUGAAUAUGAGCACUUCUGUAGUUGUAUCCUUCAGGUUGAAAAAAAUAAACCUUUGUACUGAAAAGCAAUGAGGGAACUAUCUUUAUAUUGUGUAAAAAAAAAAGAAAUCAGAUUUGUAUACUAAGAUCAUUUGUCUAAAGUUGUUUUGAAAUAAAAAAUAAAAAUGCA